UGCUCCGCAUAUUCUCCCACGUCCACGCCCACUAUCCCAUGAUGCAAUGGUCCAAAUAGGAAGCGGUCAGUGGAAUGGGAUUUGGCGCGCCCACUCGAUCACUCGCUGGUACCUUUGCAUAAACAUAAUUUUGCGCCCGUAACCGUAGGAGCCCGUAUCCUCUUAGCCGGCUGCCUUCUCGCUAGUUUCUAUAUCAGAUCCCCUAGCCAUCGUCUUUUCCUUCCGGAGCUUGCGGUAUCUAUGGUUUCCGAGGCGGGUCCCAGCGUCACGUGAUUUUGAAGUGGAAACCGCUGAGCUGCUCAAGGGGGUUUACUGGGGAUUGACAGGUAGCGAGGGUGAACGUGAGAGUCUGGAUCCUGAUUCCCUUGUCAGGACUGUCUAUGGAUGCCCUAGAGAGGAUUCUGACUGAGGAUGAAGAAAAUCUCUUAUCCUACAGUGUGACCGAACUUGAGAGUUUUGUGCAGCUUCUCUCUGCUAAAGUGAAGGCCGACAAGGAGACCGUGGAACAAAUGAAGGCUGAGUUGCUGGGUCUAGAAGCCGAGACAUUGGAGAGGGGCGCAGAAAGAGACCUCUAUGCUUCCAUGUUGGCACAGGCAGCAGAGGUGAGUGAUGCCCUCACAGAGGAAGCCCAGAUGCACAAACAGCUCCGGUCUGUGUCCCAAGAGCUGAAAAACCAAAGAACUGAUUCUGAUGUGAACGCCAGUGUCCGUGUGUCCAGCGACUUUCGGAGUGACCGUCACCAGCAGAGGCCUGACGUGGACAGAGAGUUUGCCAUUGCCUCUUAUCAUAAGAAGGAGAAGGUGCUCUUAGAGAAGAGAGACCAACUACAGAACCAACUGCAAAAUACUCAGGCAGCUCUAGCAAAGGCUCAGCUCCAACAGCAAAAAUUGGAUGAAGAGUUGUUGGAACUUCAACAGGACCCACGUGACCUUGUUGCAUCCAAGUCCCCAGAACAGAGUGAUGCAGACCAUCUACUAGAUGAAUGCAUAAAAGAGAUGGGACUAUUGCGGGUUCUGCCAGAUACAAAGCCAAAAAGGAAAUGAGCAUCAGAUUAGCCAAUUAUCUGUGCUGCAGUGACCUUUUAAUACCCACAGACAUUUUGGGUUGCAAGUUUGUGUUGUUCCGCUGUAAUAUAAAAUGCAUUUAGGAACUUAAUUUCUCUUCUUAAGCAGAAGUGCACGUGUAUGUGAUAGGUUUUUUUUUUGUUUACUUUGUUUUAAAACUGGCUUUUUAUAUGCUUUUCUACUCAGAAUGAGGAAAUCAUUUUAUUUAUGCAGAUUUUGUCUGCGAUUUGUUUGUAUUUCUUUGUUUAAAAAGUAGGUUUUUGGUUUUAUCAGCACUGCCAUAAUGUACCUGCAGGGGCCGAUAUAAGCCUUUAAAUUGCACAGGCGCUUUAAUUAAAGGGGUUGUUCACAUUCACAGCAUUGCAAAAUGUAUUGAACAUAUUUGCAAUGUGUAUACAUUGGCAGUUUUUGAAUUCCACCAGGGCCCUAAAGUGCCUUGUUCUGCCCCAAGUUCUUAGUAGAGAUUCCGAGCUUUACCCUAGCCAUAUCUGCCAAGCUGGACAGGCUCACUUAGAUGUGAAUAAAGUAAAAGAAGGAGCGUGUGUCACUGUUUCAGUGGAGAUUAUCCACAAUAAAAUCACCUAUUGCCUUACAGCAGUUCUAUAUAACAUACAGCACAGGCAGUAAAAUAAUUAAAUUUUCUUGCCUGUAAUCCGAUUUGGUAAUUAACAACAACAAAAAAAAGCUAAAUAAAAUACUCACCCUUUUACGAGCACAACAUAUUUUUUGGCCAUGCUUCUGUUAGAUGAGUUAUUGUGACAAGUUAUCUCAACACAUUUAUAUUUCUGCAGAGCUGUAGAUGGUAAGAGAAAAGGGUGACAAAUAGGCAGCAAUUUACAUAGUAACAUAGUAAGUAAGGUUGAAAAAAGACACACUUCCAUCAAGUUCAAGCUUUGUUUUUUAGUUUUUUUCUUUAUCUGCCUAACUGCUAGUUGAUCCAGAGGAAGGCCAAAAACCCAUCUGAAUCAUGUCAAUCAUGUGACCCGUUCUCACAGAUUAAAUUAUGAUCCUCCCUCUCAGGUUGAUCCGAAACAGGCACACGGCGAAAUAAGAUAUUUAGGGUUAAUCGUAAAUAUGUCUUUUUUUGGACACAUACAGUACGAUUUUUGAGAGGACAAAUAGAGACAUAUACUCAAGGUAAACAACCCCUUUAAAAUAAACUUUCCCCCACCCUCUUUGUGCCACUGUGACUUUUUGUAACCAAGUUAUGCAGGAUCAGUCACCCUAUUGUGCCCUCCAGAAUAAAAGGUGCUAGCACCAGUGGUGUAAGUAGCUAUACAGACAACGCAACCCAAGGGGGCUUACACCACGGGGUAGAGUCCUGCGCGGAACCAAUUUCUAAGACUCCAAGCCCGCGACCCGAACUGCAACCCCACUUUGAUCCGCUACCCGACCCGGACCUGCAACUGCCUCAUCUGCAGCUCGCCGACCACCAUCAAACAGAAAGUGAUGGUGCUGCAAACUGGAAGUGAAGUCAAGUGGGCGGGAACAGAAACACGUUUUGUAAAACUUUAAAGGAGUAAAAUAUUACAUAGGAUAAGAAAUUUAGAUGAGACCCACGGAUAUACCCGCACCGGGGUGGGGGGGGGGGGUUGGGUUUGAGCAUGCAUGCUCCAAGGGGGGGGGACUGAUCAAGGUACCUAUUGGCUAGCAUCUUGGCUUGUGGGGCAAUUCUUCUAUAAGAUACACUCUCCAGCAGACUUACUGUACAACAUUUGUAUUCCAAACACACCCGGCAGUCGCUACUCAAGCUGAUAUUUGUAUUCACUCCCUGAUUUACUGUAUUUUUUUCCUUGAAGGGGGAGUGGCCUCAAAAUGUUUUAAAUGUUAAUAUAAUAAAACAUAACUUAUAAUCA